CCUCACGUGUGCCGGAUACAUGUUGUUUUAAAUAAAUAAAAAAAUAUCAAGAUGAGUGCUAAGUACGAGGUGAAAGUAUCCAAACGACUUGGGAGGUAUAUCGUGGCUGCAAAGGAUUUGAAAGCGGGCGAAAGUAUUCUAAGCGAUAACCCUUUUAUAUUAGGACCAAGUAAUGAUACAUCGCUCGUUUGCUACAACUGUUACUUGCCCCUUAUGAGUAAAUUCGUCGUCUGCAAGUUAUGCACGGUGGUCCCAAUUUGCCCUGGAGAUGGCUGUCCACAAAACUUACCCAAGUGGCACACCGAAUAUGAAUGCGACUUCUUCAGAACUCUCAAAUUAAAGCGAACCGUAAACCCUAUGACUAUGGUACAGAAUGUAGGCUUCCUUCUUGUACUUAGAGCGGUCUUAAAGAAGGAUGUUGAUAAAACAUCUUGGCAGGAGUUUCUACAACUUGAAACUCAUUUGAAUGUAAGAAAAGGAACAAGCGUUUGGGAUUACUGUGAAAAUACUGACAAGUUUAUUCAAUCUCUGGGACUAUUAGAUAAUAGUGAAGAUGAUAAUUUAGUUCAAAAAGUGUGUGCUGCGAUUGAUGUGAACAGUUUCGAAGUUAGAGGUCCGCCGGUACCAGCGAUUGGUUGUUCGGAAAUACUUCACGGGGUUUAUUUGAAGGCAGCGCUAAUGGCGCAUGACUGUGUUGCCAACACGCAUAUUGCAAUAAAUGAUGGUAAUGUAUUAGUCUGCCAUGCAAGUACUGAUAUUAAGAAAGGAGAGACGAUUUACUAUAAUUAUACAGAUCCCUUGAAGGGUACAGCUAUACGACAACAACAUUUAUUAGUUGGAAAGUACUUUAAAUGCACUUGUAAAAGAUGUCAAGAUGUGACCGAAAUGGGCACAUACAUGAGUUCAGCACUUUGUCUCGCAUGUAAGACUGGAUAUAUAAGCGAGAUUAGUAACGAAAAAUGGACAUGUCAUAGCUGCGAUAGCGAAUAUGAAUCGUCCGAAAUAAGACGUAAAGUUCAAUGUUGUUCGGACAAACUGGCGGUUAUAAAUAAAAAAGAUGAAAAGGAAUUAGAAGAAUAUAUCAAAAAUAUUUCGCUUGUGCUAGCACCAAAUCAUUAUCUGUUGUUGGACGCUAAACAACGACUAGCAGGUAUAUUAAGAGACGCCAUCAACAGCCAGCCCAGACCAACCAAAAAGAUGAUGAGGCGGAAAAUAGAAUUAUGCAAAGAGCUUUUGCCAGUGCUUGAAAAAUUAACCCCAAAGAUAUGCAGGAUUAAAGCUAUUACACUUUACGAAUUACACGCAACAAUGGCACAACUUGCUAAGAAGCUGUUCGAUGGCCGAGAAAUAAAUGGAUCCCAAUAUUUGGAAGAGCUACAAAAUGCUGAGAAAUGUUUAAAGAAAUCCCUGGAAAUGCUUUUAAUCGAACCUAGAAAUUCACCUGAGGGAGAGUUAUGUGCAAAAGCGCUUGAGGAUUACAGAGAACUUAAGAAUUCUAUUUCGGGACUUAUGUUACACUCUGAGGGCAACACCUUUGUUAACGGAAGAAAUAAAGGCUCAGUUCCGACUAACGAAAACAUUUAA